CCCGAGCCUCUGCACCAGCCUGUGCGGGCGAAAUAAGACUCCUUUCCUUGAACAUUCAAAUGACGCUGACCCCAGGGCCCCCUUCCAUGUCGCAGCAACUCGGGAGUCCUGCGGGAAGGAUAAAUGCCCGCUGACCCCUGGUGAGGGAGGCCGCCACUCACACCGAUGCCCUGAGACCUGCCGGGUGCCUGCGCCCAGCCUGAGGGAGUCCAGAAGCCCAGGGUCGUCACAGCGUCUCUGCCAGCCUGGCCAUGAACCUGGAGCCACCCAAGGCCGAGAUCCGCUCGGCCACCAGGGUGACGGGGGGCCCCGUCACUCCCAGGAAAGGGCCCCCCAAAUUUAAGCAGCGGCAAACCAGGCAGUUCAAGAGCAAGCCCCCCAAGAAAGGUGUCCAAGGGUUUGGGGACGACAUCCCUGGAAUGGAAGGCCUGGGGACAGACAUCACGGUCAUCUGCCCAUGGGAGGCCUUCAACCACCUGGAGCUGCACGAGCUGGCCCAGUACGGCAUCAUCUAGCCGCACCUGCGUCCCGACCCCCCCGCGGCUCCCCACCCCCACACACCGCAGCCAGGGCGUCAGGAUUGCGAGACCGAGUCUGAAGACCUUCAGAGGGCAGUGACGUCAGGCCCCCUGCCCAACCUCCCGGGAGACUGGCCCACAUCCCCUCCUCCUGCAGCUGGAAAACCAGGGCUGGUGCCUCUGGGUCAGCGCGGUGGGUGGCCACGCUCACGGUCCCCGUUUCCAAAUAAAACGAUCAUCCUCA